AAGUCCUUGAUUAGGAGAGUGUGAGAGCUUUGGUCCCAACUGGCUGUGCCUAUAGGCUUGUCACUAGGAGAACAUUUGUGUUAAUUGCACUGUGCUCUGUCAAGGAAACUUUGAUUUAUAGCUGGGGUGCACAAAUAAUGGUUGCCGGCCGCACAUGGAUUCGGUAGAACUUUGCCUUCCUGAAUCUUUUUCCCUGCACUACGAGGAAGAACGUGAAUGAGACCUGCCUCAUCAGUCAUGAGCUCAUAGUGUCACAGAUGGAAAAGCAGCCAUCAGCUGAAUUGUACUGAACUACACACUUGGCUAAUUCAUCUCGUUGCACUACACAUCUAAAGGAAGGCUCAUUCUGUUCUUGGAGUCUAGACAGCAUCAGGAGUUGGGCUCAGUGAACAAAACUUUAAUGUCUAGAGCAUUUAUGAGGGUUUUAAUGAUUGGAAAAUCUAUCCUGAGAAUGUGGUCACCAUAUGUGACAGCCUUGCUUUCUAUCUUGUCUUCAGUUUCUGGGGCUUCUCUGCAGAAUGUCAAACAAAGAUCGACACAUUGAUUCCAACUGUUCGUCCUUCAUCAAGACGGAACCCUCCAGCCCAGCCUCCCUGACAGACAGCGUCAACCACCACAGCCCUGGUGGCUCUUCAGACGCCAGCGGGAGCUAUAGUUCAACCAUGAAUGGCCAUCAGAACGGACUUGACUCGCCACCUCUCUACCCUACUGCUCCUAUCCUGGGAGGUAGUGGGCCUGUCAGGAAACUGUAUGAUGACUGCUCCAGCACCAUUGUUGAAGAUCCCCAGACCAAGUGUGAAUACAUGCUCAACUCGAUGCCCAAGAGACUGUGUUUAGUGUGUGGUGACAUCGCAUCUGGGUACCACUAUGGGGUAGCAUCGUGUGAAGCCUGCAAGGCGUUCUUCAAGAGGACAAUUCAAGGCAAUAUAGAAUAUAGCUGCCCUGCCACGAAUGAAUGUGAGAUCACGAAGCGCAGACGUAAAUCUUGCCAGGCUUGCCGCUUCAUGAAGUGUUUGAAAGUGGGCAUGCUGAAAGAAGGAGUGCGUCUUGACAGAGUACGUGGAGGUCGGCAGAAGUAUAAGCGCAGAAUAGAUGCAGAGAACAGCCCCUACCUGAACCCUCAGCUGGUCCAGCCAGCCAAAAAGCCAUAUAACAAGAUUGUCUCGCAUUUGUUGGUGGCUGAACCGGAGAAGAUCUAUGCCAUGCCUGACCCUACUGUCCCCGACAGUGACAUCAAAGCCCUCACUACCCUGUGUGACCUGGCUGACCGCGAGUUGGUGGUGAUCAUCGGAUGGGCAAAGCAUAUUCCAGGCUUCUCCACGCUGUCCCUGGCGGACCAGAUGAGCCUUCUGCAGAGUGCUUGGAUGGAAAUUUUGAUCCUUGGUGUCGUUUACCGAUCUCUUUCGUUUGAGGAUGAACUUGUCUAUGCAGACGAUUAUAUAAUGGACGAAGACCAGUCCAAAUUAGCAGGCCUCCUGGAUCUCAAUAAUGCUAUCCUUCAGCUGGUAAAGAAAUACAAGAGCAUGAAGCUGGAGAAAGAAGAAUUUGUCACCCUCAAAGCUAUCGCUCUUGCUAAUUCAGACUCCAUGCACAUAGAAGACGUGGAAGCCGUCCAGAAGCUUCAGGACGUCUUACACGAGGCCCUGCAGGAUUACGAGGCCGGCCAGCACAUGGAAGACCCUCGCCGGGCCGGCAAGAUGCUGAUGACGCUGCCGCUGCUGAGGCAGACCUCCACCAAGGCCGUGCAGCACUUCUACAACAUUAAACUGGAAGGCAAAGUCCCCAUGCACAAACUUUUUUUGGAAAUGCUAGAGGCCAAGGUCUGACUAAAAGCUUCCUGGGCCUUCCCAUUCUGCACGUUGAAAAAGGGAAAAUAAACCCAAGAGUGAUAUCGAAGAAAUUUAGAGUUUAGUUAACAACAUCAAAAAUCAACAAAGACUGCACUGAUAAUUUAGCAGCAAGACUACGAAGCAGCUUUCAGA